AGAUCAGUGCAGGGGUGGAGUGGUUUGUCAAAAUUGCAGUCAUCUCCCUCCAGCUCCUCUGCCUGUAUCUGGGGCGUGUACUGCCUUGAAAAAAGAAAAAAAAACUCACAAGCUUGCAACUCCUGCAGCUCCAGCGAGCCAGUCCGGAUUUUUACCCAGUUAGGGGACACUGAUCACCAUCAGCACCAUCAGCAGCAGCUCUCUCUCUCCUUCAAACACCCCCACAGUCUCUCUCCCUCGUUCUGUCCGUCUGUCUAUCCCUCUCUAUAAGACCAGCAUCUCCUUUCUUUGCUCCUCUUGUCAAGCUGCAAUCAUGUCCUCAAACGGCGCCGACGGGGACCUGCUGCAGAUCCCUCUGGGCCUCAUCAACAGCGAGGGCAAGUAUCUGACUGCGGAAACAUUCGGCUUCAAAAUCAACGCCUCGGCCAGCAGCCUGAAGAAGAAGCAGACGUGGACCCUGGAGCAGACAGGGGAAGACGACAACGCCGUGUUCCUCCUGUCACACCUGGGCCGCUACCUCGCCACGGACAAAGACGGCAACGUUACCGCGGACAGCGAGACGCGCGAGCGGGACUGCCGCUUCGUCAUAACGGUGCACGAGGACGGGCGGUGGUCGUUGCAGUCCGAGCCCUACGGCCGCUUCCUCGGCGGCAGCGAGGACCGGAUCACCUGCUUUGCGCAGACCGCCUCGCCGGCGGAGAGAUGGAGCAUGCACCUGGCCGUGCACCCGCAGGUCAACCUCUACAGCUUCGCCCGCAAGCGCUUCGCCCACCUGAGCGCCCGGCAGGAGGUGUCAAUAGAUCGGGAUGUCCCCUGGGGGGUCGACUCGCUUGUGACCCUGGUGUACCGCGAUCAGCGCUACCACCUCGAGACUUCUGACAACCGGUUUUUGCGCAACGACGGCAACCUGUCCACCGCAACGGACAAGGAUACCGGCUACAUGCUCGAGUUCCACUCCGGGAAAGUGGCAUUCCGCGACUGUAACGGUCGCUACCUGGCCCCCGUAGGCCCCACCGGCACUAUGAAGUCUGGGAGGAGCACCCGGGUGGGAAAGGAUGAACAGUUCGGCCUGGAGCGCAGCCACGCGCAGAUCGUGCUGACUGCAGGCAACGAGAGAAACGUCUCCACAAGGCAAGGCAUGGAUUUGUCAGCCAAUCAGGAUGAGGAAGGGGACCAGGAAGUCUUUCAGCUGGAGAUGAGCCGUGAGGACAGGAAGUGUGCUUUCAGGACCGCUGCUGGAAAAUACUGGACACUCACAGCUACCGGAGGACUGCAGUGCACUGCCUCCACCAAGUCUGCCAAUAGUUACUUUGAAUUGGAGUGGCGUGACGGCCGUGUGUGUAUCCGUGCAGCCAAUGGCAAGUAUGUGACUGCUAAGAAGAACGGGCAGCUGGCUGCUACCAUUGACAGCGCAGGGGAGGCCGAACAGUUCCUGAUGAAGCUCAUCAACCGUCCAAUCAUCGUCCUCCGCGGGGAGCACGGGUUCAUCGGGGCUCGAAAAGCUGGAACGGCAACCCUAGACUCCAACCGAGCAUCCUACGAUGUUUUUCAGCUGGAGUUCCACAAUGGUGCUUACUCCUUCAAAGACUCCCAGGGGAAGUACUGGUGUUUUGGAGAUGGCACAGCCAUUGUGUGCGGCGACUCAUCGCCUGUCCAGUUCCUGCUCGAGUUCUGUGACCUCAACAAGAUGGCCAUUCGUACUCUGAGGGGGAAGUAUCUCAAAGGGGAUCACGCUGGAGGGCUCAAGGCGAGUGCAGACUCCCUGGAGAGCGCCACCCUCUGGGAAUAUUGAGAAAGCACAGCUGGACUUCUCCACUAUGCUUCAAACUAGAGGUAGUUAGUGUAGGUAGCAGUUCUUUCUUUCUUUUGCAUAUGUGUGCGUGCCUGUGUGCGUGUGCGCAGUUCUGAAUUUGUCUGGAUGGGUGGCGGAAAAAUGACGCUGACGAGAGGAACCAAAGUGCUAAAGGUGUUUUGUUUUUGUUGUUUUUUAAAAAUUUCUCAGUAAUGAUCUCAUCUUACUGGUCUUUGUACUGGAGGCUUGGAUUUACAACGACUUGCUGUUAACUGAAUGCAUUGUAGUGUGAUUGCACAGUAUUUGUUUCACUCCCAGUUAAACUUUACACAUGCCGUACCUGAUAACCGUCAGGACAGUUAUUGUUAUAAGUUGUGCCUAUCUGUGGUAACUACUGGUGUAAAUGAACGUGUUGAAUACUAUAACCCAUAACUCGCAGUAUCUAACCUUCUCCUGCUAAUUGUCCUGCUGCCUCUAUACGCUGCUUACAUCUCCUAUUCUCGUUCAAAGUGUAACGCACAAUGCUCAUCAGAUGAAGGAAUGUUACUGAUUUACACGCGUCUGCUGUAAAUACUGCUCUUUUUUUGUCACUCAAUUAUUGAAACCAUAGCAACCAUGGGAAACACAGAGCCAGGGGCUGGCAGAUGUGUCUUUUUUUGCCUGUACACUCUUGGUGAAUAAAAUAAAAACAGUUUGAAAGGAGCUUCGAAACUCACUCACCGAGUGAAGGAGUCGCCUUAGCACAAUAAUGACACACAACGCACUCAAACGCACACAAAUGCAUAUAAAUAAAAAUGCAUUAAUUCCAGCUGUUCUAACACAGCGCCCAAAAAUGAGCACAAUAUUACAGCGUCCUUUUUGAACUACGUUAAAAGCACAUGUUUGUGGUGAUGAAGUGCCCGCCUUGGAUUGUGUGCUGCUGCUGCUGCUGCUGGUGUGUAAACACAAUGGUGGAGUCAUCUCUCUGGCUGUGCCUUUCAUAGAGUACUCUGUCUUUUCCCUUUCAUGCUCGUACAUUUCAAUCAAGUGAAAAGUCCAAUAAAGUUUACCUUCUCAACAGUG